AUGGAGAAGGCCCGCUGCCACGGCAAGCUCCCGAACCCGCCUCCGCUCGAGCCACCGCGUCGGGUGCGCGGUGACCGCGACCGCGCGUCCGGCGCGUCCUUCUCGGCGUCGCUCCUGGACGCAAUCUACCACUCCCUCGAUGAGCACAGCGACGCCGACACCACCAUGCGUCGCUCGGAGGAGAAGGCGCUUGCGCCGGCGCCGGCGCAGUUCUGGUGGGCGGGCAAGCCCAAGCAUGCGGCGGCCGCGGACAGGCACCGUCGUCGCCCCGACACGGGGCCGGCGGCUCGCCCGCGGCACUCGGGGUACGCGUCGUCCACCACCUCCUCCUCCGACUCCACCUCCAGCUACAGCUUCUCCUGCUCCUCCGCCUCGACCACCGACACCGAGUGCACACGCCGCCGCCGAGGCAGCCCGCCUCCGCCGCGGCGCCAGCUGGAGGACUUCGUCGCCCCAGACGGCGCGGACGCCGAUGCCACCGUGAUCCCGCCCAGCGAGAAGGCGAAGAAGAAGGGCAGGCCGUGUUUCCCAGUGGCGAGGCUCCGGCCAAGAGAUGCAGCGCCAUCCUCGCCCGGACAAGCGCCGCCGCCGUCACCAGCCACGUUCGCGUGCGCCCUCAAGGCUCUCUUCACCUCCGGCCGUCUCACAAGGAAGCCCAAGACUGCAACACGCAUUCCGCCUUCGCACAUAUUACCCGAGCUACCGCAGCCAUCUCGCACGUCGGCGACGACCGAUGCGAGCACGGUGCAAAGGAGGUGCGUGCGGUUCUGCUCGGACGCCGAGGCGUCGGUGGUGGUGCGGCGCAGGGUCGAGGAGCUGGUGCGGAGCCUCGGGGAGCUGGAGGAGGACGACGAGGGGAGCGACUCCAGCUCCGAUCUCUUCGAGCUCGAGAGCCUUGCCGGCGCGAACGGCGACGAGCUGCCCGUGUAUGGCACCACCAGCCUCGUGGCAAAUCGCGCGAUCGCGCACGCCGCGGUUUUCUAG